AUGGCUUUCAACGUGCUACACAGUCUGGCAGUGCAAGGCAGGGAGGACUUGCCAGAUGCCGACAUGAAGGAGCUACACAUCUCUUCCAAUGAAAAGGAUAUUGAAGGGGAUGAAGGAGUUGAGUCAGAGGAAGCAGAGGCUACAGGGGAAGAAGCCAUAGCACAGCCUUUCUCCAGUAUCUACAUCUACAAACUGAUGAAGCAGGUUCACUCCGACAUCGUCAUCUCCUCCAAGGCCAUGAGCAUCAUGAACUCGUUCGUGAACAAUAUUUUUGAGUGCAUCAUGGGUGAGGCUUCCCACCUGGCCCAUUACAACAAGCGUAGCACCAUCAGCUCCCGGGAGAUCCAGACCACCAUGUGCCUGCUCUGCCUGGGGAACUGGCCAAGCACACCGUGUCGCAAGCGCCAAUGGCGGUGA